AUGCGAAAGUUGGAAUGGGACGACAUAGGAGUGAAGGUUGAUGGUCGGCAGCUACACCAUUUGCGCUUUGCUGAUGACAUCGUACUGGUGACACCUAGCAUCAACCAUGCGGAACGAAUGCUGACUGAAUUCGACGAAACAUGUGGAUGCAUCAGUCUUCAGCUGAAUCUGCAAAAGACGAUGUUCAUGCGCAACGGAUGGGUCUCGGAUGCUCCAUUCACGAUCAACGGAACGGACAUAUCCGACUGCACCAGCUACGCUUAUCUGCGUCGGGAAUUGAACAUGAUGAACUACCUGUACUCCGAGCUGGGCAGGAAGAGGCGAGCGACAUGGGGAGCGCAUGAGAGCAUCGAGGAUGUGUGA